AAAGGUGCUGUCAGUUGUCAAAGUCAGUGUGACACUUUUUUGCUUUUUAUUGAAAAUUGAAGUAGCGAGAAAAUAACACCAAUUUUACUUGAUUUUUCUUUCGAAAGAAGUUAAUUAAGUUACGUUGAAGGACUUGUAAUUGUUACACUGGCUGCACCUGAUUCGGACAAGGCUCAAACAAUGGAGGUGGACGUAUAUACCAUUCCUGAGACUUCUCGUUUACCACUCAUCGACGAAACAUCGGCUCUUGGGACGACGGCACCGAAAGACAGGUUGAUAGCCGUGCUGGACCAAGUGGAGAUGCGCGUGGAGCGUCUACGGCGAGACACGGUGCGCAUAGAGGAGGAACGGGACUCCUUGUUGUCCACCCUCGACAGUGUGAAGCAUUCCGAGCUGCUGGCUGAGAUUACUGAAUGUGAUAAGGACGAUAUCACGCGGUACGCGGACCGCAUCUUGGCGCGGGCUAUGACCGUGGAGGUAGCAGUCCGGACUGACCGUGACCCGCAGCAAGAAGAGGCUUUGCACCAGGUGAAUCUGUUAAUAGACCAGCUAGUGGUAUCAGUUCACGAAGACACCGUCAUAGCGCAUACACGCUGUCAGACGUACAUGAAUGCUUGUACAUCCCAGCCGGAUUACAGCAGUGGGACCGACAGAAACUUUGAAACGGCCAUACUGGGAUGCACGCUGGACGACCAGAAACGCGUCAAGAAACGUCUCCAAGGACUCCUAGACUACAUCGCGAAGAUGAAUGUUACUACGUGCUCGUGAGUGCGGGCUAACUUUACCAGUCUUCAUAUUCAAUGAAAGUUUUAAUGCUUUACGUUUGCGUCUACGUUUUUUGUAAGUUUCUUCGUACUCGCAAGUUCUCGGCUUCUUAACAAUAUUUGAUAGGAACUGGCAAAUAUUUGUUUGUCUUAAAUGAUAAGUAUUAUAGCCUGCUUAAAAAUAUUGUGACAGUUUUUUCUGUAGUUUAAUAUCGAAAACAUGCUAAAUCGCAAAUUGUUUUGUUGGUCUAAUAUUAUUAAUUGAAUAAUAAUGAUGCCUUAAACUU